ACCCCUGUUCUGGAUCACUGUCCAGGCGGGACCGUCGGUGGCGAAGGCGCAAUAGCGCUCGUGCAAAUCACGCUGGACUUCAUUGCGCUCCGGAACCAGAAACCAAUAGACGCCAUCCACCCGGACAUCUGUAUCAAGUUCAUGGCAAUCGGAUUUGGCGGGCUGGUAAAAAUCUGGAAAAUAUCACCGGCUGGCAAAAUGACGGGCGUAAAGAAAAGGCCUGGAUCACCGAUAACUGAGGCGGUUCAUUCAAAAGCGCCAAAGGCAGGUACAGUUGUCCAAGAAAAGAGCAGUCAGAUCCAAAAGGAGAGGAAAAAGGACCAUUUGAAGGCUCAAAUUUCGGAAAGAUCAAACGAAAAACCCUCCAAGAAAAGGGAUCCGCAAUUGGCUUCCAAAGUGGAGACAUCGAAAAUUGAAGGGCAAAUAUCUCAGGCUGCGGAAAAAACCCAGAAGAGCCAAUCUACCGCUGUCACCGAAGAUAUUUCCAAAACAAAUAUCAAAAAGUCUCCCAAAAACGGCGAAGAAAUAUGGGCAGAUAUCAAGAAGCUGUCGCCACAUACGGGAAUAAGGCUUCAAAGCUUUAUAAAACAGUACAACGCCUCGAUCUUAAAUAUCAAGAAGAAAGACUUGGUUGUAAGCAAGAAAAUGAGAGCCAUCGCCAUGGACUCGUUGAAGAAAAAGUCGGAAAAUAUCAGCCUUAAAGGAAAGUUGUCAAGUAUGGAGCUGGAGCUGACCCAAGCGAAAAAAGAACUUCUGGAGCAGCGAGAGAAGAAUGCGGAGAACACGAAGAAGUAUACGGAAGUCAACAAAAAGUAUGCCCACUGCGAGAAAUACUACGACAAAGAGCUGGAAAUCAUUAAAGCGUGUGUGGAGAAGAACAAUUCGGAGCUCAAAGACGCUCAAUCUCGAACUGCCCUACAGGGUCGAGAGCUGAAGAAUAUGCAGCAAACGAAUCGCCAGUUAGCUGGGGCAUGCACUGGUUUAAAGACGGAUUUGGAACGUGCAGAAGUGGCCAAAUCCCAGAUUCAACAGGAACUUACAGAAUUCAAGCAGAUGUACGAAGCCCUAAGCCUGCAAUUCGAAGAUAUGUGUGCACAAAAGGAAAAUUGCGAGGCAAACAUCUUACAACUAAGCACCGACUUAAAUGCAAAGAUGCAAGCCUGCGCCGAGCUUGCAGAGCGCAUUGAGCAGCUGCCAAUAGAAGCCAACAACGCUUUGUCGAAACUGCAAAGUGAUUUAGAAGCCAGUGAAUUACGGUUCGAGGAGCAGCAACGAUUGACUGAUCAAGCCACGAAGGAACUGGAACUUCAUCGGAACCAGAUAAACACGUUUAAAACUCUCAUUGAGGAAAAGGAAAGAAGACAUGUUUCCCUUAGUGACGAACUGACUCAAAUGAAGAAGCGGUUGGACGAAUUAUUCAAUAUAAACGAAAGUUAUCUCAAUGAAUUGACUGAAACGAAGUUAAAGCACUCUCAGGAGAUUAAGGAGCAAGCUGAUGCCUACGAGAUUGUUGUGCAAGACUUAAAAAGGCUAAUGGACAAGGCGUCGGUUGAGUUUGCACAGCUUAAGAGCCACAGUGACGAACAACAAAAAGAAGCCUCUCUACAGGUCUCCCAGCUCCAGGAAAAACUUGCUGAAAUGGUGUCCCAUCGCAGCAAUCAGGAGGAGCUAAUAAAACAUCUUGGCGAUGAACUUCAAGAAAAAACCCACGGCUUUAAAGAACUUAAAAGACAAAAGGAGCAGCUAUCAAAUCAAAUGCAGCUAAAGGCAACUGAAGCUGAGCGCGAAAGUAUGCGCAGUGCUGUUGAAAUACAAAAACUGAAAUCUGAACUAGAAGAAAGAAAUAUAGCUUUUAAAGCUCUGCAGGACAAAUUGGAGAACUUGAUAAGUGAUCAUGGUAGACUAAGCAACACUGUUACCAAUCUUCAGGCUGAAAAGGAGGAAAUCGCGAUUGAAUUAUCCACGGCCACAGUGAAGUUUGGCCAGGAAUUGAAGUCUCAGAAAGAUAACCUUAUGCAAAAGGUAUCCGAAUUGGAGCUUGUUAUUAAAAGAAAAGAAACGGAAAUUAUUGAACUUGAGCGUGAAAAGAACAAUGAAAUGGCCGUGCUGCAAUUUAAAAUGAAUCGAAUUAAUAGCGUGAUCGACCAGCCAGUGAGCACCAUUAAGCAGCUUAAGGAUUCCCAAGGCCCGACCAAAACUCAAAGCAUUCCAAGUAAGGUGCAACCGGAUGCAGCAGACAAAUUGUCAAGCACUGCAAAAAAGCGAAUUACUCGCCGUCAUAAAAUGAUAUCAUACGCUUCAGACUUUGAUAGCGGAGAUGACAUGCCAAUCUUAAGCGAACAUUCAAGCGGCAAACGAGUAAAAUUAUCUGCGGCAGUCAAGCCACAAAAUGAAAUCGAUGUGUUCGACAUGUUGAAGAAUUCCACAUAAUUACGCACAAACGUUAAUUUCUUACACUUCUUUAUGGGUAAAGAAUAUGGAGUUUAGAAAUUAAUUCAAUAUCAUUUCAA